AUGCGCUUGAGCAACACUUUUACCGCCGCCAUUUUUACUCUGGCUUUUUACAUUGGCAAUGCUACUGCGCGACCUUCUGGGCCGCCCAGCCCUGUUGCCGGGCAUUCCAACACCGCUGCUAGGCCGCCCAGCCCCGUCGCCGGGUCAUCGGGUGCCGCUGCUGGACCGACAAGCCCCAAAAGCGGCGAGCAGAAACAACAAGUCCCCGUGUGCCUCGUACAACUACUAGAAGGCGACCUGUUUUGGAAGUUCUACACGGCGCGGCCUGGCGAGCUAUACGCAUUCGCAAUUGAAAAUUUAAGCGGUAGUUUCAUAACGGCAAAGGACUGCACUAUCAAGGAUGUGUAUGGGAAGAAGAUCCGUCGACGUUUUACGCUUAAAAGUUUUGCAGCUUCCAUGGACCUCAUGACGGGAGAGUUGACUGUUCACGGACCCGCUCCGGUAGCGAAAGGGUACUCGGGCGAAAUACAGGAAGCGUACAUGUCGCUGUCCACUGGAAGAAAGUCGCACUGA